GUCAAUUCUUUCCAUAUAUUCAUAUUAUCGAACGCAUUAGCAAUGUUUGGCAACCCUAAAUUGUAUGAGCAAGAGGAAGAAUUGUCAUAUGAUAUUCCUCAUAUUUCAUUAUGCUUAUUAUUUUAUUAUUAUUUUGAUUGGCUUUAAAGGUAACCAAAGUGACAAUCAACGAAUCUCCCAGCACCAGUAAAUUGUCAGCUGGCCCAAUGGUGUGUCGUAAAAGGUAUGCGCUUUCCUUAAAUCCGAAAUUUAACUAUAGGCCAGUAAAUGAGCAGAUAGCCCAGGGUAACCGAAGAGACAAUAUUAGUGGGUGCUCUAAGAACUUGGAGCUCAGCGAAACUAAAGUUGCAUUAGGACUAGGAGAACGGCCGGAGUUGCGAGUCAAUAAAAAUGCAGUUGGCCUGAAUGAAAUUUUUAUUGAAAACAAAUCGGAAGAAGUGCAAAGUAAAGCGAAUCGAGAUGAAAGUUCGCUUGUUUCUGCGAGUUUUCAAACAGCAAAUGGUAAAAAAAUCUCCAUAUCGGAAGAGAGCAAAAGAUCCGUACAAAAUAUUCUAAGAGAAUUUCAAGGCAAUUUGCAAGAAACGUAUUAUGAAACUGAACUAAAAGACAUAAAAGCUCAAAUGUCGAUUAAAAGUAUGCAUUCCAAGUUUGGAAAAAAUACCAACAAAACAGGCUUUCAAGCGAUGUGCGAAAAAGGCAAAGAAGAAAAAAUCAACGAAUCUCCCAGCACCAGCAAAUUGUCGUCUGGCCCAAUGGUGUGUCGUAAAAGGUAUGCGCUUUCCUUACAUCCGAAAUUUAACUAUAGGCCACCCCCUCAACUUUGUGAGACAUCGGAAAGAACCUCGCGUCAAAUCGAGACUACGACUAGUACACCAGGCGUCAAUAGACCAAAGAGGGGGCGGCUCUCGGACUUAAGUCAUACUUAUACUAGUUCAAGAAGAAAGAAAUAA